AUGGCGGAAUCUACAUUACAGGACCGCCUGCGCGAGCACUCGAAGGCCUUUGAUGGUCUUUUGUCCCUCAUUCCGGCCAAGAUGUACUAUGGAGAAGACAACUCUGACCAAUGGAAGAAGAAGAAGCAGACAAAAGCCGAGGCGAAGGCGGCCAAGAUCUCUAAGCUGGACCCCGACAGCGAGCUGAACCGCAACGCAAAGGAGGUCAUGGACGAGCGCGCGGCACGCAACAAGCGCAAGCUGCAGCAGAUGCAAGAGGAGGAGGACAAGGAAGAGGCCGCCGGCGAUGACGAAGAAUUCCCCGGUGUGCAGAGGGAGCUGCCUGGUCAAGGCCUCCGCAACAAGGACUACAAGAAGCAGAAGACUGCCGAUCCUCUCGACACGGUCGAAGACGUCAACCCAGCCGAGAUGUCGCAAAACCAGCUGAUGAGAAUGGCGAAGAAGGAGGCCAAGAAGGAGAAGCGCGCGGACAAGAAGGCAAAGAAGGCCGAGAAGAAGGCCGCCAAGGUGGAGGCCGGCGACGAUGCCGCAGACGACACCGCCACCGUCAAAGCGCCCGAGGCCAAGACCUCCAACAAGCCGGCGGAGACCAAGACCGCAAAGUCGCCCGCCGCCGCCAAGAAAGAGCCCAAGAAGCACCAGAAGAAGGUCGAGUCGAAGGACGCAGAGCCCGUUAGCAACGACCACGAUAGGGACGAAGACGACAGCGAAGAUGAGGAGUAUGAGACCGUCGACGAGGGGUCCGAUGGCGAGGGUCACGCCGCGCCGGCGGACCUCGACCCUCUCGACCUCUCCGGUCUCAAGGCUGCCGAGUCCAGUGGCGCCUCGAGCCCGACCUCAACACCCAACUCCACCUUUGACGCCGCCACCGGUGCGAACCCCACCUCGGCCGAGGCCGUGAGCGCGACCACCUCAACGAGCUCCACCGUCCCGCCCUCCGAGAAGCCGAAGCACAUUAAGCUCCCCGCCGACACCUCUGCCCUCCGUGCCCGGCUCGCGGCGCGGAUAGAAGCCCUCCGCGCGGCUCGCAAGGCCGACGGCCCCGACGGCAAGCCCAUCCGCACGCGCCAGGAACUCAUCGAGGCGCGCCGCGCCAAGCAGGCGCAGCGCAAGGAGCACAAGAAGGAACUCCGCGCCAAGGCGCGGCUCGAGGAAGAAGCCAAGCGUGAGGAGGCUCUGGCGUCCAACUCGCCCAGCGUAAUGUCCCCGCGCGUCGGCCUCGGCGACAACGACGACGAGCCAGCCAACUUCGCCUUCGGCCGCGUCGCCUUCGACGACGGCACCAAGCUCUCGCACGACCUGACGUACGCCCUCAACACGCACAAGAAACGCGGGCCGUCGGACCCCAAGACGGCGCUCCUCAAGAUCCAGAACCAGAAGAAGCGGCUCGCGGCGCUCGACAAGGAGAAGCAGGCUGAAAUCGCCGAGAAGGAGCAGUGGCUGACGGCGCGGAAGCGGGCCGAGGGCGAGCGCAUCCGCGACGACGAGCACGCGCUCAAGAAGGCUGUCAAGCGCAAGGACCAGGCCAAGAAGAAGAGCGAGAAGGCGUGGAAGGAGCGCAGCGAGGGCGUCACCAAGUCCAUCCGCGACAGGCAGAAGAAGCGCGAGGAGAACAUCAAGAAGCGCAAGGACGACAAGCUCGCGCACAAGCUCGGCCGCAAGAGCGGCAAGAAGGUCGGCGGCGGCGCCAAGAAGGCGCGUCCUGGGUUCGAGGGGAGCUUCGGCGGCGGCAAGAAGAAGAAAUAA